AUGUCAUAUUUACGAAGAAGUAAAAGGUCGAUUGAGAGCCAUAGUUCCUGUCCCUACACACUGCAAUCAGCUGAUCAUCCACAGCCGGUGAAAAGAGACUCGUCAAUAACAAGUCAGAAUUCUAGAGAUGGAGAGGAGGAGAAGGUUGAGAGGAAGGUGCGGGGAAGUAUCGCCAACUCAACCUACUUUAACCAAGUUAUCAGAGUUAGCUGGAAUAUUAUAGAAGCUGAGAUCUUGAGUAAUGAGAGGUUUGAGCUUGGUCAUGAUAUUGAACGGUUCUAUGAUUUAAACCAACAGUUGACUAUGGAUGAUCUUGCACGCAGAAAAUUCACACAUUCACAGGUCUGCCUAGUACGAGUUAUAGGACGACUCGUCAAAAAUCUAGAUGAUCCUGGAUCUGUUGAACACUAUCUACGAUGUGUUGGUAGAUUGCAUCAGUUAGCAGGGGUUGAUAUAGAGUUUCUGGAUAUAUCUGGUAAAGCCUUCUGUAAAGCGCUGGAUAGCAUAGAACAGCAUAGAGAACUGUGGUCGCCACAGGUGAAAGCGACGUGGAACCUGUUUUUUAUCAUGAUUGUCCGGGUUAUGAAGGAAGGAUACGAUGAGCAUGUUUAUUCUAAGCUUUGCUCCCUCUCGUUUGAACACAGAAACCUUGUAACUGAUGUGUGGAGUGUACUGCAAGAAAAUGCUAUCAAAUAUGUCAGUAAUACAAUGUUUCUACCUUUAAUUGUCAGGUAAAGCUAACCAAACAAAUAAAGCCUUAUUUCAUUUUUUUUAAAGUGCAAAAAAGCUAAUAUUAAACAGACAGCAAACCUCAGGUACCUUA